AUGCAAGGUGGUGAUGCUGCUAUGGUAUUUGUUGCAACUACAACCAAUGGAGCAGAUGAAGUAGAUGGUGUUGCUGUUGUGGCGACCAGUACGCUGCAAGAAAUCGUGUGGAAUACAUGCUUUGGCGGCAUCUUCUGUAAUUACAAGAAAAGUAGAUGGUGUUACCGUGUAGGCGCACGAGCAACUGCAAGGAAUCGUGCGGAUGGUGUUGCUGUAGUAAUAUCUGCUGCAACUGCAAGGAAUAAAGUAGAUAGCGAUGCUGUUGUGGCAUCAGCGUAA